AACUAACCCGCGCUUUCCGAAAUGUAAGAUGGCACCUUUCUCCCAACUUGUGAUGUUGUUGUGGUCUCUCCCAUCUAGUGCCUCUUAACAUUUGUUUGCUUAACAAAGAUCUGUCCUGCUCGACUUUUGGAACCUUCUACCGCUAUGGAUAAUCAAAUUCAGCCGCAUGAGUCGGAAAACACUAGUUUCCUACAAGAACUUGGUGACCCCAUUGCCUCAGGUUACUACAACAACCACCAAACAACCCACCAGAAUUCGGAUUUUCCUGAAGGAAUUGUUAACGCGAGUGACUCGGUGUCUUUGUACAGCCAGCCUCUCUAUGGUCAUGGGCAGCCUGCGUCUCCCCGGCACGUUGAUCCGAAAUCUUUUUGUGAACCCCCUGGCGUAUUUGCUUCCAACUUACCCAGCACUUGGAAUAAUGGCAUUGCAAGACAACCCUCAGGAUAUCCUUCGUCAUCUGUAUCCCAACGUCCAUACUAUUGGCCAUCCGGUUCUAGUUGUCCUACCUUGAGCUACCCUUCUCAGACCACCAGUUCUUACCGUGAGGCUCCACCGCUGACUAGCUCAAGACGGUUCCCUCUUUAUGCUCCGUCAGUCAUUUCGAAUGUCCAUUCUAGUGAUGAAACAACUCCACCGGUCACCUGCGCAAUACCCGUCUGCGGAGAUCUUCCGAAAGUUUCGCCUAGCGACUUGUAUAGCUCGUCGCACUGUUUUCAAAGCCCUACCAACUCCUUUUCUCAGCAUGAACUGGCUGGUUCAUCAGGACGUGUUGUGGAUCCUACAUAUCAUGCUUACUCAUCAAACUUAGAGGAGCUGCGUGUUGUUCGUGAUCGCAUCGCUGCACUUCAUCAAAUCUCCGCCACGAACCCCUCGGUACAGCAGGAGUUGAUGUUCCUGAAAGAUAGGCUAAGGAGUCUGGAGUCAAAUAGCUGUGUAUCUCAACAGCUUUCUGCCGAACUUCUGGAUCGCACCAAAGCUGAUUCUUCUCGCCACACCGAAAUUCCUCAUUCCGUCACAAUUACGUUGCAACCCACUGGUCCUUCGUCAUCAAAUUCCUCCUUCCCUACUUAUGUCCACCCUAGGGUACCCAGUUCUUCUACCGAUGAAAUGGUCUACCCUCGUAGAACCGGGACAACUGGUAGCCAGUUGACUGAUGACUUGCGUCCUUGUGGCGAUGGUCGAGUUACUGGUGAUUCUUUUCUCUUUUCGAAUGUCGCUGGCGAAGUCAACUCAAAAAGUGCAUCUCGCUCCUGCGAAUUGGCCAAUGCACCAUUAGAACAUUUCACAACCACACUAACUCCGACUGUCGAUGCCAGCGGUACACCGGUGUGCACCACACCACUGACCUUCCUACCCGAUGCUCUUCCUCCUACACCAGCUACCAACGACUCACUCAGUGAUCGGUUCUCUGAGCAUUCCAUAACAUCUGCAUGUCUUUCACGAUCAGAGUAUGUCGAACGUGCAAAUGAAUUAUCGCUUUGCGGAACGAGCGAGCCUCCAUCCACCGUGCACUUAUUUGAUCCUACAGCUGUUGAGUCUCACAUCGGUAAUUCGGUUGUUCGGACGACUGGUUCGGCGGCUCACGAUGAUGCAGUUGGUCGCGUUCAGCAAAUUGCUAUCACCACAGUCAGCGUGCACCCCAUACCUACCGGACGUUCUACCUUUCACUACAGACAGGCCGAUGCUCCGCAUCCGGCUCAAUUCGCAGCAGGCUGCUUCUCCAACAACUUCGGGCGAUACACAGACUCGUCAGAGUUUACCGAUGGAUCUCCAGGCGCUCAUGCACCUCACUUUUACCAACCCACUGGACGUCCUUUUGUGGUGUACCAACAUAACACAGUUGAUCAACCGCCCGAUCCCUAUCAUUACCAUGGGUUCCAAACUCGAUAUCCGUCUACUCCCAAAACGAUCCAGCUUCCUGCAGCUGUUCAGUGCAGCCCUGUACCCGGUCUACGAUCCCCUCUGCAUGGCACAGUCAUCUCACCUGUUGGUUCGGUUCCCACCCGUGCCCCAUUCGAAGUAGAAAAAUGCAACGGGAUCGUCGGCGGUGAGCUGACCUCACCUUAUUUGCCUAUUUUACCCAAAAUUCCCGGUUCUCCGUCUCCAUCCAAAUCAGGCCCACUAAAAUCUCGCAGGGGUAAUGCACUGGAUCGGGAAGCACGCAACGAGCGUCGACGCCAACAAAGGCUCCGCAAGAAGCAAGAAGAAGCGGCACAACAACAAAAUGAUGCCGCGGCCGAUGCCAAUUCCGAAGCGGAUUCAACUUUGAGUCCGGUUGUUUCACCCCUAGCAGCCAAACGGUCACGUCCGCCUCCCCGCAAAGCAUCAGACCCCGACUCAUUAGAGAGGGUUGAGCCGGAAAACGACAACACACAUGCCUUGGGGACUCGAGAUUCAGCUAUUCCCCUAGAUGACAAUGGACAAACAAUGUCCCCAAAAAGCAAAAAGCGUCGAAGUUCCGUACGGGCCAUUUUGCCAAAACAGUCCAAAAAGAAUAAAGUAAAAGAAGCCACCACGGAUCAACCCAUAGAACGAACUCCAAAGGAUGAUCUCAUUAUUGAAGACUCACCUGGGCUGGCUCAGUCACCUGUCCAAAAAUCAAUCGCGCUAACAGAAGAAUCGGCACCUGCGAAGCAGCUUCGAAUUGUCCGCGCCAGACCGCCUCGGCCAAAAAAGAAAAAACCCCUUCCAACCUUAAUUCGCAAAAAGAGACGUUCAGCCUUUUACGGGAACGAAUCUGACUCUGAACCCGACAUAUCUGGUCGGCUGGGUGGACGUGCUCCAUCAGGCAAAAGUUGCACUCCCGUUGUUGAUGCAGUCAGUGCUGAUCGAAAACGCAGAUCAGAGCGUACGGCCGGCGAUCGGAAGCGUUACACGGUGGACUUGGAGCUGAAUCUCUCCGACGAUUCAGACACCGCUGGGAAUGAGGAGAUAGCCACACUGAACUCCGAUACUCUGACUGGUAUGGCGGAAGAUAAUGAUUUCAAGGUGGUGGAGUAUGUACUGGGCCGCCGAGUUACCAAACGGGUUACAAAGAAAGUUAUUCAGCAGGAUGUCGCCGAUGGCGUGUCGGACACAACGCACCCUACUGACGAUGCUAGUGCCGUUACAUCACAGAUCCUCGAGGAAGAGGAGGAUGUGGAGGAGUUUUAUCUCAAAUACAAAGGAUAUUCUUAUCUCCACUGCGAGUGGCGCGCACUGGACGAGAUAGAUGACCCACGGAUCCGGCCCAAACUUCGGCGUUUUGAGAUAAAACAGGCCAAUUCCGUCCAGGUGGAGGAUGACGAUGUCGUCUUGUUCAAUCCGGAUUACGUAGAGGUAGAACGCGUACUUGAUAUGAAAGUGUACCGAAAUGGUCAACUGAUUUCUUCGGACAAGCUAUUACCCGAAUCCGAACAAGGCUCUGUGGUUGAUCUCGUGGAGCUUCGCAAACAACGCAAGCGGGAGCGAGAGCGUAACCGUGCUAGAGCUGUUCGUGAAGCUAAAGCUAGACUGAAAGCAGAGGCAGAAUCCAGUAUGGCUUCUCAAGACUCUUUGGGGCGCUCAACUCCAAUCACUGAAGAGCCUAUUAGUGAAUCGAAUGCUUCCAAGGACGCUUUGGGUGUUACACUAGAUGAGUUGGACGAGUCGGUCGAGUCCACCGCUGAGCGCAAGAGAUCUGAUAGUGAACUCACGGAAGAGACCAAGGGAGACGACGCAACCGUGAUGCAAUCAUGCUGCCCUUCUCUUUCUACCAGCUCCAGGAACCUGAUUAAUCCAGUUACGCUGCCUAAGACUGAUGCAUUAUUUAAAUCAGUGGAUCCGUCCGAUCGAGCGAUCGCCGAUGAAGCAACUUCCCCCGCUUCAACAGUCGUAUCUAUGGCUUCGAUUACUCAGGUGACAACUGAUCCAGCCUCCGCGAAGCCACCCGAUAGAGCUUCCGAUGACGAUUCGGACCACAGUACUGGCACUCGUUCUCCUGUCACCGUAACGUACUAUCUUGUCAAGUGGCGGUCACUCCCAUAUGAAGAUGCUACUUGGGAAUUAGCCCAAGAUGUUGAUCCUGCAAAAGUGAAGGAGUUCCUCAAAUGGCGAACACCAUCGAAGAUCGUUCCAGCGGCCCGCGACAAUGAUUACAAAAUUAUUCGACCAGAUGCUUCUACGUGGCGGCCAAUUGAAGCCGGAAAGGUGUACAAGAACGACAACAAACUGCGGGAUUAUCAGCUUGAGGGUGUGAAUUGGCUCACGUAUUGUUGGUUCCAUCAUCGCAAUUGCAUACUUGCAGACGAAAUGGGCCUGGGUAAGACAGUCCAAAGCGUCGCGUUCCUCCUAGAAAUUGCAAAGGCUGGUGUGCAGGGACCAUUUCUAAUCAUUGUGCCUUUAUCGACGGUAGCAAAUUGGCAGCGUGAGUUUGAAAAUUGGUCCGAUCUGAAUGUCGUUGUGUACCACGGAAGCAGCACCAGUCGGAACAUGAUCCAGGAAUAUGAGAUAUUCUACAAACGUCGCUCGUCGGACAGCGCCGUUCGACAUGAUGUCUACAAAUUCCACUCUCUGGUGACUACAUUCGAAAUCCUCAUGACGGAUAUUGAGUUCUUUGGACAAAUCCACUGGGUGGCUGCUGUAAUUGACGAGGCGCACCGGUUAAAAAACAAGAAAUGCAAGCUCGGUGAAGGACUUCGUUAUUUGGAGUUGGACCAUCGCGUUUUGCUAACGGGAACACCACUUCAGAACAACGUGGAAGAGUUAUUCGGUUUGCUUAAUUUUUUGGAGCCAGACAGAUUUAAUUGCUCUUCCACGUUCGUCGCUGAAUAUGGCGACCUAAAAACUGAGGAGCAAGUAGAAAGCUUGAAAGCUUUACUGAAGCCGAUGAUGCUCCGUCGAUUGAAAGAGGAUGUUGAAAAGAGUUUGGCCCCAAAGGAAGAAACAAUUGUCGAGGUGGAACUCACAAACAUUCAGAAAAAGUACUACCGUGCUAUUAUGGAACGCAAUUUUGCAUUCCUGUGCAAGGGUUCUACCUAUUCAAAUGCCCCCAACCUUAUGAACAUAAUGAUGGAGCUUCGUAAAUGCUGCAACCAUCCGUUCCUUAUCAAAGGUGCAGAGGACGCCAUCUUGGAGGAGAUGCGUUCACAACCGAACUUUGACCAACCACUGACAGAGGAUUCACUGACUUUCCACGCUAUGGUGUACGCCUCAGGGAAACUGGUCUUGAUUCACAAAUUGCUCCCGAAACUCAGGGCGAACGGCCACAAAGUACUCAUAUUUUCCCAAAUGAUUCGAGUGCUGGACAUUUUGGAGGAUUACCUCAUUCAUCAGAGGUUUCCGUUCGAACGUAUUGAUGGUCGUAUCCACGGUCCGCUGAGGCAAGAGGCCAUCGAUCGGUUCACUGCCGAUCCCGACAAGUUUGUCUUUCUCCUCUGCACCAAGGCCGGUGGCCUCGGUAUCAAUCUGACUGCCGCUGAUGUUGUUAUAAUCUAUGAUUCCGACUGGAAUCCGCAGAAUGAUCUACAAGCCCAGGCUCGUUGCCACCGUAUUGGACAGCAGAAAAUGGUCAAGGUUUACCGCCUGAUCACCCGUAACACAUAUGAACGCGAAAUGUUUGAUAGAGCCUCCUUGAAAUUGGGAUUAGAUCGCGCUGUGCUUCAGUCGAUGGGAAGCAAAGAAGCAAGACAGGCACAAAUGAGCAAAAAAGAGAUUGAAGAACUGCUUAAAAAAGGUGCCUAUGGUGCGCUUAUGGACGAUGAUCAGGCUGGGGAAGAUUUUUGUGAACAAGAUAUCGAUAAAAUUCUACAGUCAAGAUCUCGCGUCGUGCAACUGGAGCAAGGCGAGAAAAAUUCUACCUUCUCCAAGGCGACAUUCUCCAUGUCUGACAAUCGAAGCGACAUAGAACUAGACGAUCCUAAUUUUUGGCAGAAGUGGGCCAAAAAAGCUGGUGUCGAUGAAACUGCCGGAGCCGCAAAGGAUCUCAUCCUCAAGACCCCACGUCAGCGUCGCCAGGUAUCAAGGUACUCUUCGCUCGCCGCAAAUGAGCCAAAUUUCGCCAAUCCUCCCAGUUGUGAUAAUUCCGAGGCGGAAGAUGAUGGUACUGCACAGAGCUCUGGUGAGGAUACCAUAGUCCCCGGAUCCGGUGGUCGCGGACGCUUUCGUCGAUGUCGCCGACAACGACGACACUCCCAUCACCCGUCUCAGCUGUUUUCUGGUCGUCGUGCUAGCCAUGUUUCCUUAUCUGAGAAUCCCCAAAGUCCCAACAACAAACCCCCUCGCAUCGAUCCUCUGGAUCGCGCUGAUUUGUUCCGCGUUGAGCGUUGUCUGCUGACUUGGCCAUGGGGCCAAUGGGAGAGAGGUCUGGCCAGCUUUCCUUUCAAACGCUCUCUGACACCCGUGGAGUUGGCAUACCACGCCAGUGCUGUGCUGGCUUAUGCACUUCGCUUCAUGCCCCCUUCUGCUGACACCCGAAUACGAACAACGAUCAUCACCCUCACUCGACCGCACAUAUGGAAUCUAAGCAUAGAAGAGGUUGCCAAAGCUGUGGCUAAAGCAACGAGCAGAGCAAGUCGAGGUCUUCGAGUGUUUGAUGUCGUAAACGACAAGGAAGCUGCCGAUGCUUCCCACACGGCAACUUUACCCAAAUCUGAGGAUUUAUCGUGCCAAGUAGAUGCUUUAGUGGAUUCUCCUUUGACGAACGAGGCCCCUGGUACGCCGGCCUUGUCUGGAGCUGUCUCCGUUGAUGCACCUCGCGAGUGUGCUGCCACCGCUGAUAGAGUAACUGCGUCCCUUUCAGUUGAACACAGACACAUGACGCCUGUUCACCCAUCAGAAACUGUAAGCGCCUUGCCUGCCGAAGAAGAGCCCGUGGAAUCACCGGCAAGUUGCGGAUCCCUUGGGGACGAUAGACUGCUCAAGGAGUCGUUCCAACAAGAAGCCACGCAUACCUCACGCAAUCAAAGUACUGCGGAACAUAUUGCUUCCGAUUUGAUAGAAACUCAAUCCGUAACAUCUGAAAAGCCGGAUGACGAUAUCCCAGAUACUGCUGCCGAAGAGAAGAGUAGUGACGUUGCGAAUAUAUCUCCCAAAACCGCCUGCUUUGAUCCGGACUACCUUCUACCUUGCGACAGUUUUCGCAAACACAUGCAGCGGCACAGUGCUCGGCUGCUCAAUCGGGUGGCAUUUCUGCUAUUCCUUCAAUGUGAAGUAGUCGGGAUCGAACAGACCGCGGAACUGACAGCUGGGCGUCUCUCGCACACCGACUUUCCCGAUCUUUAUGCCAGCCUCCCACCCCUUGAAGCCAUUGAUUCCGAACUUCCGGCUCCGUGGUGGGACGCAUGUUGUGACAAAUGCCUCUUGUUGGGAGUGUUGAAGCACGGUUGGGAAAAGUACAUGGCAAUCCGUUUGGACCCGAAACUUUGUUUCUACUCACGCGCGAUUUCUCUCCUUUCCGAUUCGGACGACGUAAAACCAUCCGAUCUGAUCGAUAAUUCUGAUUUGAAACAGCAACCGGCUUCUCCCGUAUCCUCCGACGCUACUGCUAGGGCCGAUGCUUCUAAAUCGGAUGACGAGUCAACCGCCGCUGCGAAGCUUGAGGAAGGCACUCGUGAUCUGACGCCUCUUGUCGAUGAUCCUAAAGAUCCUCACUCUUCUCCCUCAUCACCCCUUGCUCCGAAUAUUAAAGAAGAGCGCUUGGAAUCCGCUUUCGCUCCCGUUGAUAUGCUUAUCGAUGCGAAGGGUUGCGACGACCAAUCCUCGGCGGCCGAGGAUGAGAAUGCGCUUGACGAAGCCCCACCUGAUGCUCUCCUCUCUGUCCUCAUGUUCCCUGCUGUAGCUGACCUCAACAGCCGUGCUCGCAAGCUCGUUGGCUUCUUUGUACGCAUUAAAAACCAGCUGGAAUUCGACAUGCAUCGGCGUCUCUCUGUUGAGGAUGACGAGGAUUCUCCCAGCCAGGUGCCUAACAUUCGCCUUUCGGAAAACAGGGCUAUAAAAUGGACUCGCAGAGAAGAAGCCGAUUUUUAUCGUGUGGUUUCCAGUUUUGGAGUCGAAUUCACCCCGGUCUCUCUGAGUGAAUCAGAACGCAAGGAAUCCAAAACCCCAAACGCCGUGAAACGCCGGUACAACUGGUACAAUUUCCGGCAACUGGCAAACAUCACCCGUAAGACUGAUGACGCGUUGACAGAGUAUUUUCAUGCAUUUUACCGAAUGUGUCAGCGGGUUUGCAAACGGCCACUUACCGAGUUUGUUGGACUCGCUUCCACCGCUGCUACAACAACUACUUCCGGUUCUAGUCCUUUUGGUGCCGAAGUUCCGGUCGAACCGAUCUCGGAAGAACGCGCUAAUCGAUGCUUGUCUCGAAUCGAUUUACUUGCUCGUAUUCGUAACGAGAUACUCACCCAUCCUCAAUUGCUAAAGCGUCUUUCACUUUGUCAACGUGGCUCUGAGAUCCCCGGCUGGUGGAUUCCCGGCAAACAUGACGGCGAGUUGUUGCGAGCAGCGGCCAAGCACGGACUUGCUCGUACCGAUCUGAACAUUCUCACCGAUCCCGAGUUCAGCUUUUGCCGUGUCGUCAACCUUAUCAGAGAAAAACUGGUACAGGAGUCCGCAGUGAUAGAUUGUCCUGGGGAGUUAUCGGACAAUCCAAUGCACCGUUCGAAUAUUGCGCUGGCGGCCGCUUCAGCAGCCAAGGCAGUGAUGGCUCAACUUGAAAAAGAUUCUCCCAGACCAUUCAGUCCAUCCAAAUUGACCACUUCAGCUGACUCAAGCGCACUUCGUUCGGAGAAUGGGCUGGGAUCGGUAUUCGGCCCGGACUCUUUGACCCCCCGGGUGAAUGCGCACUCAGAACGGGACAGUGCGAUCAUCGACUCAAUGCAAUCGAAGCGCAACGAUCCUUCGGCAGACGAAUCAUCCGAACGAUUGGACUUGUGUGCUACGAAGGAGGGCCAUGUUGAUCCCGAGAUUGCACCAAUGGAGUCCGCACCUGACUCAUGCGGCGGGGCUGCAGACGAACCGCAUUUACUUUCGAAAAAAGCUGAAUCUAAAGCAGGUUCGACUUUUGCGCUAAAAGCCACCCCAAACCUCCGUUCCAAAGAUGCUUCAAAAGAGGACAUUAGCAAAUUCAUCUCUGGGGCAGAAAGUUUAUCUGCAGAAUGGUCUGUGAAGUACGCUACAAAUCUCGCCACAGCCUGGCCGAAGGACCGAACGAUACAGCAUCGUCUAGAAUUGAUUUGCCAAACCAUCGAAACAAACGAAUGGCCUGCUCCACGACGUUAUCUUCCCGCCGCAACCGGGUCUUCCACCUCAGUUCUAGAUCCGAAAGGGACGACGACAACCGACCCGAAGCUGGCCAGCUACACGACCGCAUACACAACCGUUCGUCACCCGGCUGUUGCGCAUUCUGCAUUCCCCAUCUCCUUGUCUCAUAAACUUCAAGCCAGCUACGGGAUGUUUCACUCGAGCAACGCGACCAAGCACCAUCACCCUGGUGUUCCUCGCCCGAUCCCAAUCGAGUCUCCUAAGCAGCUGAAUUUCUCGAACUCCUUGCUCCGUAGCCCACCGGCACCCUCCGAGGAUGGUUCGUUCCAGUCGAUGGAUGUAUCUGGUGGUGGUGACUCUGGCAGUUUCGACUCAUCUCAUCCGCUUAACCUGGUCAGCUCUCCUAAUUCGUCAGCGCAUCGCGGCUAUGAUCCCUACAAGAGUCGCACACACGCCUCCGUUAUUUUGACCCCCACCUCCCCUACUUCUGCUGAAGAUUACAGCAAAUCCGCCGCAGCUUCAUUCAACUUUGACGGCUCUCCUAACUCCGCUUCUUUUACCUCAAGUGGCUCUAUCGCUCCUCCUACAUCACGUGGUCGCGGACGGGGCCGGGGUCGGGGUAGUCGCGGCAGCCGAUUAUUGGGCGCGCGCCAACGCCUUUCAUCGGCUUCUCAGCGUGGGGUCUAUGGUUCAACAUCCCGCCUAAGCGCCUCCCCUCAUUCUCCCACAUCUGGUGGAGACUACCACAACCGCUCCACCUCACUCACUCGUGACGGUAUGAAGCGAAACUGUGGUCAGGUGAAUCGGGAUUCUGAGGACUUUCUCUCACCAUCAGACCGCCACCAUCGCGGAAUGCCGCCACCAAAUCUCACCUCAGCUCCUCGAUCUCUCCCCGGUGGCCGCGGGAGGAAGAGAAAACUAGAUUCUCCCCGAAAUUCCAUGGACUUUUCCACUGUGAGUCAUAGAGGAGGAGCGUCUCAUUCAAAACGUGAACGCAAUGACCCAUCCGGAUCUGGUGCAGAAUUACCCAGCAAAGUAUCCAAGUCUUCCUCAAGAGCUAGAGGUUCCUCGGCAUCCGGUUCCGAUGUUUGGGAGAUUCGUGUUCCUGUCAUUAGCCUUGUGGACGGCUCGUUGAUCUAUGGUGACAAAGCUCCGAAACGUCGCAAUUUGGAGGCUUGGUUGGAAGCUAACCCGAACUACAUGCCGUAUUCGGUGGAGAUGGAGGAUCGUGUCAUCUACAGUCGUGUAGCCGGUGCCCGAGGCCAAGACACAAACAACAUGGAGGCGUUAGCUUACAAACAUUACCUAAGCAGUCUGAUUGCCAGUGCCACUGCCGGAUUGCAUCCGUCCCUCACUCAAAGUGGAGGCACUAGCAGCAAUAGCGCCAAUGCUGCGGCCAGUUUGGCUAGUCAACAGCAGCAGCUCUUGCAGGCACAGCAGCAGCAGAUCCUACAAGCUUUCGGAGCGUAUGCACGCCAUCCUGCCUACGCAAGCCUGAUCGCUUCUGCCCUGGGCAAUUGGCAAGCCGCAAAUUUCGUCGCCGCGUCCUCAUUCAUUCCCAAUUCUCUAGAGCAGCCCACCGGGACGGUCACUGCCACAACCACAUCAACCCAUACGUCCUCCACAACCCCGAGUACCAUGUCUACAAGAGCGCGUUCAGCUGCCGCUAGACUUCAAGACUCUCCUGGACCCACUGAUAUUCCCGAGGGUUCUGCUACUGGCACUGGAUCCUCACUGUCUAACAGCCGCCCCGCCUCUCCUGAGCCCGUAGCAAGUGUAUCCGGGAAUCCGUCGUUUGGGGGCAUGGAAUCCGUCAUUUCUGCCGCCUACAAACAAGCGACUGCCAACCUGGCCUACAUGUACAACCCCUUGGCAGCCGCCGCUGCAUACAGUCAGAUGAUGUUCUCCUCAGUGGCGAACGCUGCUGGCACUGAUGCCUCGGCCUCCAAUCCCGCCGGUUUGGCUGGACAACAAGCAGCUCUCGCUUCUCUAUACGCCAAUUACAUGCUUUCCGCCAAACAAACUCAGCAGCAAAUGAAACAGCAACUCGGCGCAUGGGAUCAGCAACGAUUACAGCAACAGCAGCAGCUGGCCUCGCUCGCCUCUGGAUUGGCUGCCGCCUGCUCCGGCACGAGUGAUUUGGACUCUUCCAGUUUGCUCUCUAUGUUUACCGGUAUCGGUGCCAGACCUACGAACACCACUGCUUCAUCAAGUGGAACUAUGUGCUCUGAAUCUGUCCCACUGUCAACUGUGCAGCCAGUUGCAUCUCACUCUCAAACACCACCAAAUUCGCAGUCCCCUCACCCAUCCAGUCCCGUUAAUCUUGCUGACCCUGGUCACCCAAGUUCACCGGACGCCGCAUCUCAUGACGUAACCGAUUCCAAAAACGAAUCCCAACCCAGUGACACUGAUCAAAAUCAAGCCAUUUUGGAUCUCAGCAAGUGA